AUGACGAGCAAAAUACCCAACGCAAAAACCCAAUAUACCUCAAAUGCCUCGGAACGAUAUCCGGUAACUGCACCAUGGUUGAUGGCCUUCGGAAAUCAAUCAAAUACCCAAGCCAAACACAAGCACUCCUUCAAAAAGGACCCGAGAGCAUCAACAUUUUUACCUGGCCAGGGGCGCAAGCCGGUCAUGUUGCCGAACCCCUCUCUGGUGUUUUGA